GUUUCCCAUUAUUCAGAAACACAUGCCGGAGUUUAUCUGCGCCCUUUGCCUCCACAUCCACGCUGAUUGGGAGCAAAGGGCGAUCAGUGCAAAACUCGACGGUGAAUAACUGAAGCGUGACGACUUGUGUUUGUGCUCAAGUUUGCUCAAGGUGAGCCGAACGAGGCAUCGACAAAACAUGUAGGAAACGAGGUGAAGCUUGGGUUCAUUUUUUCUGUGAACAGGUUUUUGUUCAGUCAUUCAUCAACUUGCUUUUCUCGGUGCCCCACAGAUCGCUCUCUGCCUGAUGGCUGUUCCGUUGGCGUGUUGUUCAAACUGUCGUGGCUGCUGAAAGACGUGACCCCCGCGCAUCGCAGAGCGCCACACGCGCACCUGUCGGAUGUAAGUGGGAAGCGGUCGGUGAGCUUAUAGAGCGAGAGGGGCAGAGAGAGAUGGUGACUGCUGGGUUCAGCACGCUGGAUAGCGCUCGAGGAAUUUGGAAAGUACGGCGGCGGCGGCGCGCGGACGCACGAGGAUCUAAGUGAAACGAGUGCGUGGAGCCGCCGGAGAAAUGAGCGACCAUGGUGGAUUUGAAGUUCUCGUUUGCAACAACAGGCGCAGGUAACGUGCGAGUGGACUUUCUGGAGUGAGACAUGGACUUUGCUGAAAUCAUUUUCGCUUUGUUCAUCGUCGUGGUCGCGAUCGUCUCGCUGUUGUCCAACUUGUUGGUGCUGCUAUGUUUCGUCCACAGCACCGAGAUACGCCGACAGGUGCCCGGUGUUUUCACCAUGAACUUGUCUUUCUGCAACAUACUCAUCACUGUUUUGAACAUGCCGGCCACUCUGGUGGGGAUUAUCAGAAAGCAGCAGCCCUUUGGAGAUUGCGUUUGCCACACGGUGAGCUUUCUGGAGACUUUUCUCACCGCAAACACCAUGCUGAGCAUGGCGGCUCUCAGCAUAGAUCGGUGGAUAGCGGUCGUCUUCCCGCUCAGUUACUCCACCAAAAUGCGCUACAAGGACGCACUGAUCAUGGUGUGCUACUCCUGGCUGCACUCCUUUACCUUCUCCCUGACGGCGCUGCUCUUCUCCUGGGUCGACUACAGCGACGUUUACGCGUCCUGCACCUUGCAGCCGAGCGAGGAAGGCAGCGACAGGAUUAAGUUUACAAUCUUCACUAUCGUUUUCCACGCCACCAGUUUCAUUCUGUCCCUGCUCAUCUUGUGUUUCACCUAUUUGAAGGUGUUGAAGGUCGCUAGGUUUCACUGCAAGAGGAUUGACAUUAUCACCAUGCAGACUCUGUUCCUGCUAGUCGAUAUUCACCCAAGCGUGAAACAAAGAUGCUUAGCAGAGCAAAAGAGGAGAAAGCAGAGAGCCACGAAGAAGAUCAGCAUCUUCAUCGGCUCAUUUAUCAUCUGCUUUGCUCCUUAUGUAAUCACAAGGUUGGCUGAGCUUCUCCCGUUCGUGGACGUCAACCGCCACUGGGGAAUCAUCAGUAAGUGCCUGACAUAUAGCAAGGCUGCGUCUGACCCCUUUGCCUACUCUCUCCUACGUCAGCAGUACAAGAAAGUCCUGGUCACCGUCGUCAACAGGCUACUCCGACGUGACCUGUACCCUUCGUCUGGCCAUAACAGCUCUUUAGACACAGAGAACGACUACUGUCUCCAGAGGAUCAGUUAAUGGCAAAUGCAGGACGUGACAUAUGCACACGCUACAGUGCAGGCCAAAAAUAAAGGUUGCCUCUUGCAGAAAAAAAAGGUGGGUGGAGAGAAAAAAAGAACAGGAGAGAGAAAGAGAGGACAGGUUAUUGUUAGAAAGAGAAAAGAGAGUCGAAAGAUGGGACAAGGAAGUGGGUGGAAGGUGAAGAAGAGAGCAAAAAAAAAAAAAACCAUAAGGAAGACGGUGGGCGGACAGGAAUGAAAAGGUGGCGAUGUGGGGGAGGAUGAAUGGGCAAAAAGAUAAAGAAGAGAUGGGUAAGACGACAGAUAGGGUGGAGACGUUGGGGAGUGACGGCAAACAAGGGAUCUGUGAUUCAUCAGGAACAGCAUUCCCCAGAAACCACACAGCCAGUCUAUUUCACUGAAUAAGUCAUUGGCUCAUCUAAAGCUGAGGGGACGCACAGCUGGAGAUGAGUUCCCUUCUUCACUCUGAGCGACAUGUAAAAGGUGGCCUUCCUCUACUCCAACAACUUUAGAAUCAUUUCAAACCUGUUCUUGCCCCACUUAACAUCGCACACACGGAGGCUGGUGGUCGAUAAGCAGCCGAGCGACGACGGGCAAAGAGGGAAAGACUUUUGUUGCUCCUGCUUCUGUAUAAUGUCCUGUCAGUGAAUGGAUGCAGACUUAAAUGUGGAGGCUCAGCUGCUGCACAUUAUUGCCAUGUUCUGUAUUGACUGUGUUAGACUACUUUGCAGUGUCAUGUCAGUCACUUAAUAUUGAUGCACUUUGUCUAAUUCUCUCAGAGAUGCUAUACCUAAAGGAGCCAAAGGCAUUUGACAUUUACACCCUAAUCUUAAAGGAUGAGUCUGGUGAGAGGCUUUAUUCUUUGUUACUGUCACCAAAAUCAAUUAGUUGGUCGGUUUCUCAGUAUUUUCCAACUUCCCAAGCAUCCCUGUUCUUUGAAUUUCUCAAGUAUAGACAGCAAUUAAUGUGCAUGUUUAGACUAUUUCCAUUAAUACACAGGUCAGUCUUUAAAAGCUUUAUUUAUUUAUUUUUUUUAAAAUUGAAAGUUAUAUUUUGUAUACAUCACACGUACAAUGAAA